AUGAUAAGAGAUGCCUGUGCCUGGAAGUGGCAGUGUUCGGCAAUCUCAGCUGGGGAGACCUUAUUUGCUUGCAGCAAUGGUGAUUCCACCCGGAACAAGUGUGGUGACAACGGUGCCUCAUUCACUGUUCUAAUUGGGCGAUACCAGGACGAUCGAUCGCCAAAGCAAAAGCACGCCAAGACUCUAGACUAUUUCACGAUAUCGUCAUUAGCACAACUCUGUCUCGGCACCAAGACUUCCAAGAGACCACAGCCACUAUUUGACUUCAUAGGCAUCAUAUUCUGCAAACCUAAACGAGGUCUAUCGCCAAGAGAGAUUGCUUCAUUCUCCCAUGAGUUCAAGAGGAAAUGA